CCCUCCCUGUCCCUCCCUCCCUCCCUCCCGGCAGCCCCAGCCCCGGCGAGCACCCAGCUAGCCGCCUCCAGCAGGGGCUCCGGAGAGCAGUUCGGCGGCCUGGGCAGGGCAGCCGAAGCCAUGGAAGCCUCCGCAGGUUGCUGAUCUGGGCCAGGCAGCUGCUGCAGCGACUGCAGAGGCGCUGCGCCAAGCCGGGCCGGAGCGGUGAGAGCCGCCGGCGGGGCUGCGGAGGGCGAGUGGACUCAGGGUUGUUGGGAGGAGUCGAUGGCGUAAUACGGGAAGCCCUGAGCCUCGCACCAACAGGCCCUCUGGGAAGGUGACGUCGAGACUAGCCCAGCCUAAUCUGGGCUUCCUGGUGAUGCUCCAGGAGUCCUCCAGCCUGCAGUCCCCUCCAAGGAGGAGGGUGGAUUGACCAGCACAGGGGUGGGGGGUCUGAGAGUCAGGGGUCUGGGGGCCCUGGCUCACAGCCGGACUCGGUGCUGAGCUGAGCCAAUCAGGAGGCCCUGCCCCAGUGUCCGUGUGACCUGGGGGGAGGCCUCUGCUCUUCUGGGGCACCAUCCACUCAUCUGAGGACACGGGGCUGGACUGAUGAUUUCUGGCUGUCUUGAGGCUCUGACGAUCAUGAUUUUAAGUUGGGUGGUGGGACCCUGCUAAAUUCACUGGUGGAGGCAGUUGUGGGCAGAACCUGGCCUGCCAGCCCCCCAUCUGGUCCCGGGUGUCCUGCUGAAGGGUGAGAGGAGAAGCCAUGCCGGGCAGUGGCCCCAGCGAGAGGAUGACGUGGCCGGGCCCGGCCCUCCCCACGGCCCCCCCAACCCGCCCUCUCUCCUCAGCCCCGGGGACACCGCCCAUCCCGCCCCUCACCCGGACCCGCAGCCUCAUGGCCAUGUCCCUGCCAGGCAGUAGACGGGCCUCUGGUGGAUCCCGCAGUGGGGGCCCUCUGGGCCGCAGCGGCCUGGCGGUGUUCGCCCAGUGUCCGCAGCUGCCCACCAUCCAGAACGAGCACCUGCCUCUUCUCCCUGCCCCCAGGCGCACCUCUCCGCCCGUGAGUGUGCGGGAUGCCUACGGUACCUCUUCUCUCAGUAGCAGCAGCAACUCGGGCUCCUGCAAGGGCAGUGACAGCAGCCCCACGCCCAGGCGCUCCAUGAAGUACACGCUGUGCAGUGACAACCAUGGCAUCAAGCCCCCCACCCCGGAGCAGUACUUGACGCCCCUGCAGCAGAAGGAGGUGUGCAUCCGGCACCUGAAGGCCCGGCUUAAGGACACGCAGGACCGGCUCCAGGACCGGGACACGGAGAUAGAUGACCUGAAGACGCAGCUGUCUCGCAUGCAGGAGGACUGGAUUGAAGAGGAGUGUCACCGCGUGGAGGCCCAGCUGGCCCUGAAGGAGGCCCGCAAGGAGAUCAAGCAGCUCAAGCAGGUCAUCGACACCGUCAAGAAUAACCUGAUCGACAAGGACAAGGGGCUGCAGAAGUACUUUGUGGACAUCAACAUCCAGAACAAGAAGCUGGAGACGCUACUGCACAGCAUGGAAGUGGCCCAGAACGGCUUGGCCAAGGAGGACGGCACGGCCGAGUCGGCUGGUGGCUCCCCGGCCCGCUCUCUCACCCGCAGCUCCACCUACACCAAGCUGAGCGACCCCGCUGUCUGCGGCGACCGCCCGCCCGGGGACCACCCUGGCACCUCGGCCGAGGAUGGGGUCGACAGCGGCUUCGUGGCCAACGAUGACACCCUGAGCCGGACGGAGGCGUUGGAGGCCAGCAGCCUGCUGUCGUCAGGGGUGGACUGCGGCCCCGAGGAGCCCUCAUCUCUACACAGCUCCUUCAGCCUGGGGCCCCGCUUCCCCGCCAGCAACACCUACGAGAAGCUGCUGUGUGGCACGGAGGCCGGCGUGCAGGCCAGCUGCAUGCAGGAGCGCGCCAUCCAGACGGACUUCAUGCCAUCCCAGCCUGACCUGGACACCAUCCUGGAGAAAGUGACCCAGGCCCAGGUCUGCGGGAUGGUCCCCGAGUCAGGGGACAGGCGCCCAGAGCCGGAUCCCCACCCCCCGGGGCCCAGAGACCCCAACUCUGCAGUGGUGGUGACGGUGGGGGACGAGCUGGAGGCCCCGGAGCCCAUCAUCUGGGGGCCCACCCCACACCGCCCUGGUGCCCACCCAAACCCCAGCCCAUCGGUGAGCGUGGCGUGCCCUGUGGAAGAGGAGGAGGAGGCAGCCACGGCCGAGAAGGAGCCCAAGAGCUACUGGAGCCGCCACUAUAUCGUGGAUCUGCUGGCCGUGGUGGUGCCCGCCGUGCCCACGGUGGCCUGGCUCUGCCGCUCCCAGCGGCGCCAGGGCCAGCCCAUUUACAACAUCAGCUCCCUGCUGCGGGGCUGCUGCACCGUGGCCUUGCACUCCAUCCGCAGGAUCAGCUGCCGCUCGCUGAGCCAUCAGGGCCCGAGUGCUGCUGGCACAACCGCCGGAGGCAGCUCCCAGCUCUGAGGAGGGCCGGCCCGGGCAGGAGCUCCCACGGCCCAACUACCGAUUGUAGGGGUGCCGCCCUCCCUCUCACACCUUCCCCUGGGGCAUCAUCUUAUUUCUUUAGUUUGGGGUUUGGAGGUGGCUUUUUCAGGAUGAUAACCGUGUCAGAGGCUGGGAGUGAAGGUUGGGGAAAGGUGUCCGAAAACUGCAGCAGGAGAGAAGGGAAGAGAGACCACCGGCCGGGAGGCCCGCUGAUCAGACACACUGCAGAGAGAGAAAAUGGCGAGGCCCCCACCCCAGCCCCCCUGCCCACCCAGCCCCCCACACAGGGCAGUCGCUGCUCAGGAAGUCUCCCGUGUGAUGAUCUGGGGAGGCCAGCCUUGACUUGUCAGCCCGGCCUCCCCAUCCCCCGCCCGCAGGUCCUGUCUGUUUCCCUGCGUACCCCAGGCCUUGUCUCCCAAGCCACCCCUUGCCCUCAGCCCAGGCUUCUGGGCCAGUAUUAUCUCCUCAGAUGGUGGCAGCUGUGACCCAAAGUACAGGCAGGGGACUGGGACUCGGAACAGGUCUGGAACCACUCGGCGUGCGCUGAGCUCCAGCCUCUUCAGACUGCUCCCCACUUGGGAUUUGGGAGCGCAGUCAGGCCACGGGCUGGAGGAAAGAUGGUGAUGGGCAAGAGGUGGCAGAGGGCAGUAUGGGUCCCCUGUCUGUCUGUUCAUCUCAGAUCUUCCCCACCUCACUUUUCCUCUUGGCGUUUCUGAGGGUGUCAGGUCAUUCUUCUAUGAGAGUCAGACUGGCCUGAGCCCCAGCUCCCAUCUGGAGACUCUGCCAGCACAAGAGGAGAUGGGGCUGGCAGCUCAAGGGGGCUCCUCCAGUCUCUGAGACAAGGCCCUGCAGCCUGGGAGGCGGGGCUGGGCUCAGCAACCCCAGCUGGUUUGACUCCAGCCCCUGGAGCUUGCCUGAGUUUCUCUGGGGACCUUAGGACCAACUUCUUCUUUGCACUAUGUUCAUUUUGGGGCUUGGUUCUCAUGCACCCCAGGAUCUCCCCUGAGGUGGCUGCCUGCUUUCUAGGAUGAGGGUUCCCAAAUCUUACACCUAUCUGCCUCUGGAGGAAUAUCCAGCAGGAUGAAUGGCAAGAUGAGGUGCUGAAGCCAUGAUGUCCGUCCAGGCCAAAGCAGGGUGCCCUGGAAUGUCUCCUAGGUUGGAGUGGAGAAGGGCUCUCAGCCCAAGCCCAGUCAACCUGGGAAGGUUCACUGGCCCCCCCCUCCUUCCCUAGGACCAUGUCUGGGUCCCCCAGCAAAGCUGCUGACACUUUAUUAACAUUCUUAUUUUACAGAGUAAACCCAUUCCUCUUCCCCUUCAGGGCGUAUACCUGUCUGCUCACCCCACCCGCUCUUCAGAGUUAUGCCCUACAUUGGAGCAGGGGUGGGGAGCAUUGGUGGGACUCUGUGUCUUACCCACCCCUCUGGCCUAGGGGGGCACUCUGGUUCCGUCAAGGUUGCUUGCCCACCCCCGCUGUUUCAGCAGCUGUCCCCUGACUCGUGGACUAUGCCCUUCCUCUCUGUGUCCUCCGCUGGUGCGGGGGAUGCCUGCAUGCCCUGGGGGGGCAGCCAGCCUCACCCCCAGGUCGGGGGGGAGCCCCUCAGCCACGUGCUUCGUGCCUCCGAAGCCCCCCGUCCUCACUCCAGGCCUCAGACCUGCCAUCCUUUGUGGAGCUCCCCCCGAUCCCAGCCAAGCCAAACCUGAACUCUGGGGGCAGGGCUGGGCUGCCCCACAGGACCCUGGGGUCAUGACGCGGAGGGGCAGUGGACAGCCCCAAUCCAAAGCCAAGCCAAGACUGGCCGUGGACCCCGCCUCAUGCCGUGUACUCACGGAGCUGCGCAAUGUCUCCUUAGAAAUAGUCAAAAGCUUUGCCGAGAAAAUAAAGGUAUGACUAUAUUUGACAACA